AGCGGGGCAGGGCUAUUUAAACCCAGGCCUGCCUGGCAACUCCAACAGCCUGCCCUGUGAGCCGCCAGCAUGGAUGACAUCUACAAGGCUGCGGUAGAGCAGCUAACAGAAGAGCAGAAAAAUGAGUUCAAGGCAGCCUUUGACAUCUUCGUGCUGGGUGCUGAAGAUGGCUGCAUCAGCACCAAGGAGCUGGGCAAGGUGAUGAGGAUGCUGGGCCAGAACCCCACACCUGAGGAACUGCAGGAGAUGAUCGACGAAGUGGAUGAGGAUGGCAGCGGCACAGUUGACUUUGAUGAGUUCCUGGUCAUGAUGGUUCGAUGCAUGAAGGAUGAUAGCAAAGGGAAGUCUGAGGAAGAGCUGUCUGACCUCUUUCGCAUGUUUGACAAAAACGCUGACGGCUAUAUCGACCUGGAUGAGCUGAAGAUAAUGCUUCAGGCUACUGGAGAGACCAUCACGGAAGAUGACAUCGAGGAACUCAUGAAGGACGGUGACAAGAACAAUGAUGGCCGCAUCGACUAUGAUGAGUUCCUGGAGUUCAUGAAGGGGGUGGAAUAGAUGCUGACCCUUGCCCAGAGCUGCCUGUGUCGCCUUCCAACUCUAGCUGGGCCUAGGGUUGGGGCAGGAGGCCAGGGUUCCCAGGAUGCGAGCCUGGGCCCACCAGAGGCCCUCCCUGACUCCCUCCUCAGCCCUGUACUAGGGAAUGCAAAUAAAGCCCUGCUGCUUGGA